GCUUUAAUUCAUUCACAACACGUUAAACUUGUCAAAAAUAAAAAAUAACAAAGAAACAAAUUUUUGGUUCUAAAGAAAUGGUUCUAUGAGUUAUGUUUUUCAAAUGAAGUUUCGACGCAAUCCACUUCCCAGUCGGCGAAUCGACAUUAUAUGUUUCUUAACUGUGGGCGUACUGAUACCCAUUGUCUUUCUAUUUGAUAUCCUAGUCCUGCUGCCGGAAAUACAUGAACCUGACGGUCAUCUAUACACUUUCACACUCCUAAUGGCCAUCUUUCUCCUGUUUAACAUCAAGGGCAAUAUGAUAGCCUGCAUGAUGAUCGACACCAGCGUCGACCUUGAGCAUGUGAAGGCGCCGCCAGAUAGCGAGGCAGUGCGUCUGGGCUGGCGACAUUGCAACACUUGCGAUCGCUUAGCACCUCCCAGAUCGUGGCACUGUAAGGUGUGUGGCGUUUGCAUUCUAAAGCGCGAUCACCAUUGUAUUUUUAUGGGCUGUUGUAUUGGCCAGCAGAAUAUGCGGCAUUUCAUGUGCUUUACAUUCUACCUAUUCAUCGCAACGGUCUAUGCGAUGGCCUAUGAAUUGUAUUAUGUAUUUGCGAGAUAUAUCGAGGAUAUAUUAAGUGCCUUACGUAGACAGAUUUGGGGUCCAUUUGUAUGGUGUUUCAAUUCUUUCGAAAUUGCACUCAAAGUUACGUUUUUCCUCAAAAUGCUAUCGGUUAUUGGUGCUGGCAUAGCAUUAAGUUAUUUUGUGCCGCUCGUUCUACGUGGCGAGGUGAAGGCCAACAGGGGAAAGCAACACAAUUACAAUUGUGGUAUCUACGAAAAUCUGAAAAGUGUAUUUGGCCAACGGAUGUAUUUGGUCUGGAUAUCUCCUUUGCUGCGCAGCGAAUUGCCUAAUGACUGUUACAUUUUAAAAAAUAACGAUCCUGAGAAGAUUAAAUAACUUGAUCUCUUUUGUUUACUUGAUAUGCAAAUAACACGAACAUGACCUCACUAGACGAUAUAUGUUUCAUUAAAAAUAUUC